AUGGUUAGAAUUGCUGUGAGGACACUUACUUUAAAUAUAUUUAAAGUUAAAGAACAAAUGCUUCACAAAUUUGUGAUUACCCAUUCUCGAGAUUAUUUUAAUAAUGUUUGUCAAGAAAUUGCUCAUCAAAUUAUUGAGAUGGACACUUUUGCCAGAUCUGCACAAAAUGAAGCGAGCAAUAGAUCUCGUUUAUCUCAAUAUAUAGACGUUCAUAUUGAUAAUUUGCAUUAUUUAAAUGAUAUUUUGGUUAUUGGAAAUUCUGAAUUGAAUUUAUUAGUAAUCGAUUGUUUACAUCAAUUUUUAAUUGGACCAAUAUAUUUAGCUUCAUUAGCAUCAAUUAGAGCCCAACCAAAUACUUUAUUAAUUUCACGUGUUACUUGUUUAUUUCUUUUUGCUCAAUUUUUAAAAAUUAUACAAGAGACAGAAACUAUUCAAAAUGUGUUGACUUCCCUUUUCUUUGGAGAUAUUAAUGAUAUUAAAACUGAAUGGGUUAGAACUUUGAGUGAUGGAAUUAGUUUGGCUAUGCUUAGAAAAUGGGAUAAAUCUGUUGAAAGUUCUCCAUUUCGCAAUCACCUAUUUAUGGCUUUACAUGAUGGCAAUGAUGAUGACCAUGCUUGUUUCUUUGCUCUUAUUUUUAUUAAUUAUAUUUUACAGAACCAAGCAGCACAAAAAGAAUUGUUAAAUGCUGCACAGUUACCCUUUCCCGGUUCUACAAAUAAAUGUGAUUCUGAAUUGGCUGAUUGUUUAAUUAGAAUAAUUGAAAAUUGCUCUCUUACUGACACGUUAAUUCGUCCAAUAACAGUUGAAUUGUGUACUAUUGUUCUUCGACAUAUUCUUCUUUGUUUAGAAUCUGAUCAAGAAUUUUAUUCAUUAGUUGAAUCUUCUGUUAGAAAAACUUUACAUAAACUUUCUAAUGUUUUAAGAGGGGCUUUGCAGACAGAAAAAUUCUUUUUGGAAAUGUUUGAAGAAGAAUAUUAUCAAUUACAGAAAUCUGAAAGAAAAAUAAAUACAUUUUUGGAUGAUCCAGGACUUUAUUUGCCUCCAAGUAAUACACCUUUGUCAGGACUUCCUCUAUUUAAAAGAAUAUCUAGUGGGAAUGAUGAACGAAUUCGAAGGAGUCUUCAAUUUUACUUUAUUAUACGAAAAUUUGCUCAAGAUUUGUCUGGAGAGACAGAAAGUUUUCUUCCAAUAUCUUCACAAUCUGAACCUAUGGCCGAAUUAAAUGAUUGUAUUAAUUUAAAUAACAGUGAUUUACUUGCCUGUACAGUUGUAAAUUCAAAGAAUGAACGUCUCUCUCAAUUUCUUGUAACUGAUCAAUUUCAAUUUAUUUUGGUUGAACCGGACAGUCGAAAAUUGGGUUGGGGAAUUGUCCGUUUUGUUGCUUUAUUACAAGAUGUUUUAAUUGUUGGAACUUCAGACAAUCGAACUUUGCAAAUCAACGUUGAGGAUGUUGAAACCCGUGUCAAAAAAUCCGGCAAAAAUAUUUUUUCUGCCCACUUAAUAUUUGAUGACUAUAUUCGUUGUAUGGCUGCUAAACAACGUCUUAAUCGUGGAAGGAAGCGUUGUCGACUUUACAGACUUGGAAUUAUUGCUGAUAUGCUUGGAAUGCGUUUACCCCAUUCUUUGCAAACAAUGGAAGGUUCUCCAGUUAUUGGAAUAAAUUCUUUGAGAUUGCAAGGUUUGCCUGCUCCCGGGUCUGUUCAAAGACUUUCUUCUGCUUCGAGACGUAAAAAUAGUGAAGCUUCGACAGGAGAGGGAAGAUUAGUGGAAACAAUACCUCCAGAUCCUGAUACAAGUAAACAAUGUUCUACUUCUGGGGCAAUACAUCAUGUGUAG